CUUGCAGCCUCCAUGGCAGGAGCAAAUGCCUCUACCACUGAUAGGCCAUCUCUAUUCAAUGAUUCAACUUUCUCCCCAGAUAUAGAAGGGGACACAAAACGCAGCUCACCUUCGUCUCCUCUCGUUUCUUCUUUCACACCAUCCAUAUCUCCCCACACACGAGUCCCUGAGGAGUUUUUACAGACGAGUUUCCUCUGCAAACUCAGCAAAGCUCUCUCGGGUUUUAUUCUCAUCACUGAGACCACAUUGGCCGCCGAGAAAACUCCGCCGCAGCAGAUAUAUAAUACCUCCGUCAACGGAAAAGAAAAAAGAGAGAGUAAACGACAACGAAGCACCGGAGAAGAAGAAGAAAAUUAG